AUGGCGCAGCAGCAGACGCAGCCAACCGCUGGCUCGGGCAUCCUGGAUGCCGUGCCGCUCUUCGUGGUCAUCCUCCUCGCGGCCCACGUCCUGGCCCUGGUGUUCUGGAUGUACAAGCUGGCCUCCGAGAAGCAACCACCCCGGAGGAAGACGCAGUGA